AACACGUCUAAACCAACAUGAACGGCACCGUGGUAUUCGCUCUUUUAGCAGCAACUGUAAUUGUUGCAGUGUCAGCCACACAUCAUGAACCUGCCCAUUAUCACUUCAGUUAUGGCGUUCAUGAUCCUCACACUAAGGAUCAUAAAUCUCAGCACGAAGAAAGGAACGGACAUGUGGUAAAGGGCGCUUACAGUUUAGAUGAACCAGAUGGCACCAAGCGCAUUGUUGAAUAUGUAGCAGGACCUCACACUGGAUUCCAAGCUGUUGUUAAAAGAUUAGGACAUGCCCAUCAUCCGGCACAUUACGGACAUCACGGUGGCUUUGGAGGAGCCGAGAGUCAUGUUGGCGCUACCCACUGGGGACAUUUUUAGUUGUACUUUU